AUGGUGCUGACCAAGAAAUGCAACACCCUUAUGCAAAGGAAGCUACCUCUGAAGAUGCCAGGUCCCGGAAGCUUCCUGAUUCCCUGUACUAUAGGGACCAUCACAUUUGAGAAAACACUGUGUGACCUAAGAUCAAGCAUCAAUCUUAUGCCUCUCUUUGUGAUAAGGAAGCUGGGAAUCCAAGAGGUGCUCCCUACCAAGAUCUCACUGGAGAUGGAAGAUAAGUCCUUGAAACGGGCAUAUGAACUGCUUGAGAAUGUCCUUGUAAAGCUUGAAGACAUUUACCUCCCUGCAAACUUUGUGAUACUUGACACUAGAAAGGACAGAGACAACUCCAUCAUCUUUGGAAGGCCCUUCCUAGCUACUAUGAAGGCCUUGAUUGAUGUGGAGAAAAGAGAGCUGAUUUUGAGGCUAUGGGAGGAUCAUAUCCUAUUUAAGAUUCCCAACCCUCACUCUCUCUUGGAUAAAGGAGGUACUAUUGUGCAACACUUAGUGUUUCAGUCUUUUCUCUCAGCGCAGAGCCUUACAGAGCCCCCAGAUAUCAAACCUAAGUUUGGUGUUGGACAUUCAUCAUCAACCACUGAGGAAGGAGGCACUAAGAAAAAAAUACCCCAAGGGCUGGCAAAACAAAAAGAUCCCAAAUGA